CCGUCGAUCAUAGAGCUCCGGUUCUCAUAUGCACAACACGGACUUUUAUUUCUUCUUACAACCUCACUCGUUGUGCAUAUACUGACUUGGCGGUUACUUCGAUUUCAGGAGUGACUGGUGCAAGUGCAUAUCGAAGGGCUUCUGUGGACGUGGGUGUCAUUGUUGGUGGGUGAAUUAUUAUUUUAGUUCGGGGGAUGAAGGAGCGAAGGGGCGUGCGGGACGAGCGGACUCUGGAGAAGCUCCGGCGGAGGGAGUACGAUGCCCUGGACUACGUGGAGAGGCAACUGGCGGAGGAGACCGAGGGAAAUCACGAGACUAGUGCCACAGCCCGUAGCAUCGUGGGGUCGAUAAAAGCCGAGAGUGAAGCCGAGCAAGUGAAUGUUUUGUGCUUGAGACAUCAGCAGGAGCAUGAGCUUGACUAUGCUGAGGAUGGCGGGGAGAGUGUGGGCGUGCUGGAGGCGGUCCGACCGGAAAUUGAAAAUGGCGCUCUUGGGGAACCGAGUGCACCCGAGCCCGUUGCUAUUUCACUCGUUGUGCCCGAGCACGGGGAUGAUGGGAAUAACGGGUAUACGCUGCAUCAAUUGGGAUAUCAUUCUGGGCAUCACAUCAUUCACGAAAGGGAUUACCUCCACUCAUCAUCCCCCGUGUACGAAGGCGUUGACAACCCGCAGGAAGAGGAGGAGCGGAGCCAUCAGCAGCAGGUCGUCUCCCUCCACCAGAAUCAUCACCACGAUCUUCAUCACUACACUGAGCUCGGUGGGGCUGGUACGGAGGUAGCUAUUCCCGAGGGAGGGGAUAACCAGCAUAGAGGGUCCGAGGCAACACUACCGUCUGAGGGAAAUCGAGUUACCAGUCACAUGCCACACAGCACAAUGUUACGAUACAGUACCGAGCAACUCUCGCCAUCACCGAGUCAGAGUCAAUCGCACAUCUCCGAUCAGCACAAUUCCCACUUGCAUCGUCACCUCGACGAGCCCAGUAACCUUGACAAUGACGAGAGACUGAGUGCUAUUGCAGCGGCAAUGAGAAAUCCGAGGAGUGGUGAUUUUCCCCUGGCGGUUUUGUUUCCGAAUUUAACGGGCGGUGCUGGAUGCGCGAGUGACAGUGGACAUCAUCACAUUGAUGAUGUUUUGCCGGAGGAGGCUUACGUGCACCAGAUGAGGGCCGGCGAUGUGUCGCCACCUGUGAGGACGGCAAGUUCGCCGGGAUCGAGCAGAAGCCCCCACGACGAUCAGGGAUUAAACUCGCCGCAGCGACACGAGGGGGGCUACAGCCCCAGUGACCAGGGGAGACUCCAGAAUUUCACACAUCUCACUGCUAUGCAACCACCCACCAGCAACGUCCAGGGACACAUUCUCGAGGGGGACAGGGUAUCCGAUCAGCUCUACAUCGACGCCAUGUACCAUUCGGCGGGAACACCGCAUCAUCAUCAGGAGCACGAGCAGGGAUCCAGUCCACACUCACCCAGUGGAUCGUUAAGUUCGUCGUUGUAUCGCACGAUGAACGCAGUAGCCACGAUGGGCGGCGGAACAGGUGGAACUGGUGGGUAUACUCUUCCCUACAUGAGUGCCAGCGCAGCGGAACUAGCGGGAUCCCCUCAACAACUGUGGAGUACUCAAGGUUUAGGUGGUGGUCUACCAACCCUCGCGGAGGAGUACGGUAGCAGCAAGUCGACCCCCGCGGCGACGCACCAGACGCUACCUGCAUUCUCUCAGCCCUUUGGCAGUCGCCCCAGCUUCCGGGGGUACUCGGCAUACUCCUCCCCGCAGACAACCGCGGGCACGGGCACAACAACAGCCAGCGAUGUCUCAUGGCCCUAUCCCACACCCUCCAGUGAUUCUCUCUCGGCGUCUUACGGAAGCGUCGCGACGCCCGCGAGACGUCAGGGUACAAAUACCUCAAACUCACAUCCACAGUUGAGCGCAGCUGCCAGCCUCUCAGCCAUGAACAUCGAGGCGGAAUACUUUACGGAGGGUCGUGAGUGCGUGAACUGUGGUGCGAUAUCGACCCCACUGUGGCGACGAGACGGCACGGGACAUUAUCUGUGCAACGCCUGCGGCCUUUACCACAAGAUGAACGGAAUGAAUCGGCCCCUGGUCAAGCAACCACGGCGACUGUCGGCAUCGAGACGCGUUGGACUGUCCUGCAGCAACUGCCAGACAACGAUAACAUCCCUCUGGCGCAGGAAUAGCUGUGGUGAGCCUGUGUGCAAUGCCUGUGGACUCUACUACAAGCUACAUGCGAUCAACAGGCCGCUGUCCAUGAAGAAGGACAACAUUCAGACGCGCAAGCGAAAACCAAAGGGCGGAAUGAAGUCCUCUGACACACCACUCUCUAAUAAUGGACUCACUUGUGCUGUUACCAUUAAGAGGAAUAAUAAUAACAACAAUUUGAAAAUGGAAUCUGACAAUUACGAUCUUCGAAUGGCCCACACCAACGUCACCCAACCAUCCUACCCGAGUACCCUCUACGGAGAGAAUCCCCAAGUGAGCAGAAUAGUGUCAUCCUAUCAAUCGAAUCCGAGCGUCUACUACGACAUGUUGGCAACUCAGCAGCAACAGGCCCAGCAGCAUCUCCUAGACUGUCACUCGCCGAAGGUCGAGUGCCCCUCGCCACCACGAGGCUCACCACUGAUCUCAGCUAAUCACUCCCCCGAUCACCAUCUCACAUCCCCCCACAUUGUAAAUCUCGGCACGACAUCGCCGAACGUCAACAACACCAAGCACAUGAUGGUCAAUGGGCAUAUGGAGAGACCAACAGUCGUGUCGAUAUCUUCAUAAGUAUCAAUAUCUCCACACCCUAGUUGUAGAUUCAGGGCCCCUUCAGAGUGAUGACUUGUUUUCGUUGAGCAGUUCUCACAGACAAGAUGAGACGACAAUCGAGAAGAAUGAGAAUCGGCGGUUGGACAUUUCAUUCUUGUGCAGAUAGAUUGUUGUAAUUAAGGUGAUUGUAACUGAUCGUCCUCCAAGUGCCUUUGUACAUAAUUCUGUUUUCUAAAUGGAGCCCAUGACGAUUGGUCUGAAGAGUAGGAGCUCGAUGAUAUUCAUAAGGUUUUAUUUUCAUUUACUUUUGUUCAGUGGUUUAUCGCUCACUUAUUUACGUUUCUUUGCCAAAGAAAUGCACAGCUCCUGGUAGCACCAUACCAAAUUUACGUUUUUCCUUCUGUACAUAGCACGUUUUUUGCUAGUUUUUUUGGAUAUUUUUAAGAUUUAUAGAGGUAGAUUGUUGUUUUAAGAUAUGAGAUAUUAAAAAGGAUUUCGAGGCCAGUGGGAUAAUGGAAGAGAUUGUUUCUUCUGUGGAGGAGAGGAUCUGUUUCUUCUUUUAUAUUGUUGAUGAAUCAUUGAUCAAUAUAAAGACGAACAUUGUUUUGCAUCCUAUCGAUAUAUUGAGCUGUAUCGAGUCGACAGUUAUUUUUGAAUAAAAUGGGAUAUUUGAAAAUAUA